CAGGUGAAGGCUGCAYUUUCUGCCCACCCCGGCGACCUGGAUGCUGCAGAAGCUGCCUUUGUGGAGUUGGCUGAUGCGGGCGAUGGCACCUCCUCUCCUAACCGCCCCAGCAGUCCAGAGCGCGAGAGCAAAACGGCUCAGGAGGACCACAUUCUGCAGCAGCCCAGGGAGUUGAUGCAAAACCUCGGGCAGCCGCAGACCAUCAGUGAGCGCACAGCAUUCGCUAAUUACGUCCACGACAGCCUCCUUGCAAUGAAGAAAAGCAAGUUCAAGAGGAUGAGGUUAGCUAUCAACAAACUGCUCACUCAGGCGAUGGACAACAGUGAGGAAGAGGAGGAGCCCGGGCCACACCCCACUGUGCAACCCAACAUGCCACCUCCGGUGCGCAGCGUUUCUUCCAAAAUAAAAUAGGCCUAUUAUAGGCYUUUUACCUGCCACAUAGCACAUUUCUAUUAGUGUAAUUGUGGUUGUUUACUAUAGUAAAGUAGUUGUUUUUGCUCUCUUUAUAUGUUUGUUUGUUUUUCAGGGUUCCCACGGGUCCUUGAAAUCCUUGAAAGUUUGUGAAUUUGAAAAAAUGAGU